UGGAGAGCGUUUGGAAGAAGAGAAUGGUUUACUGGUUACAGUGCUGUGUUGGAUAGCAGGAACCGCCGCUGCUGAAAUAUAGAAUAAUGCAAAGACGCGGAUGGACGAAGUGGAAGAUGGGGCUUGGAAAUCUAUUAAGCAAAUCAAAUAUUGCUUUUAAAGCAUAGCAUUUGGUUAGACGACAGAUGGUUUUACCACGGACACAGAAACCAAAAGAAAAGGGAGAUUCAGCAAGAGGAAAGUGACCAGGCGCUCAAUGUUUAUGGACAGACCAACGCAUCUCUGGCAGAUGUAAUGGAAACAAUAUCUCUGCUCCAGUUUCUCUUUGAAAUGUAUCAAGGGAAACAGAUAACUGACUCUCAGGGCUAAUCAAGCAGUGGUUGAGUUUGAAAGUGGAUGCACUCAAAGCACUGUGCCCUGUCAUGCACAACACCAUGUUAAAGCAACAAACCUGGAAUAACACUGGGCAUUCAGUCCAGCCAAUGAGAAAGCCAUGGAAAAAGUUAGUGGAAAAUGUACAGUAUAAGCCUCAAUUGUGACUCUUUUCUUGCCCCAUAUAUUAAGCGACGUCUCAAAAACUGCUUUUCUUGUCCAAAACCAUUCUGUGUUUUCUCAGAAGGGAGCCUCAGUUUCACUUUGGCUUUAUGACAACGCUAAGGACAGCUGCAAUCAACUUGGAAAAGCACAUGUGGAGUCAACAAAAUGGAUAUUCGAAUUUACAGCUGGCCCACUCUGGGUUGAAAAUGUGAGGGCAAGGAAAGCCCUAUGAGGAAUAGUCGGAAUAGCAGUAUCUCAAAAUGGCCCAAACCAGUUUGCUGCAGGGGAAGCGUUUUUACUGCAGGGACUGGGUCUUCCACAAGAUCCAGCACUGCAUCCGGGAAAAAACGAAUGGCCUGAGUGGUGUGACCACCACUCCCAGCAAGCAGUCCUCUGCCUCCGGUACUGGCGCACCCAACCCCAGCGGCAGUUCCGCAGCAGGCUCUGCGAAGGCCACCACCUGGGGGGUGUUGCUGGUGGGGGGGCCUGGGAGUGGGAAGACGGCCCUAUGCACAGAGCUUCUGUGGCCCACCUCAGCCCAGGGGGCUCAUCGGGGGCUGCAGCAGCAGAAUCUGGCCUUCCAUUUUUGCCGUGCGGACGACUCGGACACACUCUGCCUUGGCGGCUUCAUCCGAGGCCUGGUGGCCCAGAUCUGCCAGAGCGGCCUGGUGCCGGAUUACAAGGAGAAGGUGCAUGAACCAGCGGUGCAGAGCGCCCUGCAGCCCGGGGAGUGUGAGAGAAACCCCACUGAGGCUUUCAAGAGGUGUGUUCUCCUCCCACUCUUGAGCGCCAAGCCGCCUCAGCAGGCCCUCUUCCUCCUGGUAGACUCUAUUGACGAAGGCUGUCAGCUGGGUGAGGGGGAACAGAGGUCUUCAGGUUCAGGCACCCCCAGAACCAUCGCUGAGCUUCUGGCCAGCCACCAUGAGUUCUUCCCACCCUGGCUCCUCCUCAUCUGCUCAGCACGCCGACAGAACAGGGCCAUCACCAAACUGUUCACAGGAUUCCGUAAAAUCAGCCUGGAUGACCUCCGUAAAGCCUACAUCGUCAAGGACGUGCAGCAGUACAUCCUCCACAGACUCGACCAGGAGGAGGCCCUUCGCCAGCAUCUUACCAAGGAGACAGCCGAGAUGCUCAACCAGCUGCACAUCAAAAGCAGCGGCUGCUUCCUGUACCUGGAACGAGUGCUGGACGGGGUGGUGGAGAACUUCAUCAUGCUGCGAGAGAUCCGUGACAUCCCCGGCACCCUCAAUGGCCUCUACUUGUGGCUCUGCCAAAGGCUGUUUGUCCGGAAGCAGUUUGCCAAAGUCCAGCCCAUCCUCAACGUGAUCCUCGCCACCUGCAGGCCGCUUACUGUCAAGGAGCUUUACUAUGCUGUCUGGACCAAAAACAUGGCCCUCACCAUGGAGGACUUUCAGAAGAAGUUGGACAUCCUCUCCAAGUUGUUGAUCGAUGGCCUCAGAAGUACUAAGAUCCUCUUUCACUACAGUUUUGCCGAGUGGCUCCUGGAUGUUAAGCAUUGUACCCAAAAGUACUUGUGUAAUGAAGCGGAGGGACAUAGAAUGAUGGCAAUGAGUUACACUUGCAGGGCCAAGCAGCUCAAACCGCUGGAGGUGCAGGAGUUUGCCCUGCAUCUGAUCAAAUCCAACCUGCAGAUAGAGCCUUUCAACCUGGCUCUUUGGAUGGUGUGGAAUGGCACCCCGACUAAAGACUCUCUUUCCACCUCCAUACCUAAAGAACAGGAGGUGCUACAGCUUCUGGUCAAAGCUGGGGCUCAUGUCAACAACGAGGACGACCAUGCCUCUUGCAUAGUGCAGCAGGCACUGGAGAGAGAGGAUUCCAUUCGGACAUUGCUAGACAAUGGGGCCUCUGUGAACCAAUGUGAUUCCAGUGGCAGAACUUUGCUGGCCAAUGCUGCGUACAGUGGAAACCUGGAUGUGGUGAACUUUCUCAUAUCCAGAAGAGCCAACAUGGAGCUGGUGGACAGCCAUGGACAAACGGCACUUACUCUUGCUGCAAGACAAGGGCAUACUAAGGUGGUCAACUGCCUCAUUGGCUGUGAGGCAAACAUCAAUCACACAGACCACGAUGGGUGGACCGCCCUUAGGUCUGCAGCCUGGGGUGGGCAUUCGGAGGUGGUGUCUGCUCUCCUCUAUGCCGGUGCCAAAGUUGACUGUGCUGAUGCCGACAGCAGAACCGCCUUGAGAGCCGCAGCUUGGGGAGGUCAUGAAGACAUCGUGCUGAACCUCCUCCAACACGGGGCAGAAGUCAACAAAGCAGACAAUGAAGGAAGGACGGCUCUCAUUGCAGCGGCAUACAUGGGGCACAGAGAAAUCGUAGAGCACCUCUUGGAACACGGGGCAGAGGUGAACCAUGAAGAUGCGGACGGAAGGACAGCCCUCUCAGUUGCUGCUCUCUGUGUGCCUGCAAGUAAAGGUCAUGCCUCUGUCGUAAGCCUCCUCAUUGACAGGGGUGCAGAGGUGGACCACUGCGACAAAGACUGCAUGACCCCCCUCCUUGUGGCUGCCUAUGAAGGACAUGUGGACGUAGUUGAUCUGCUGCUGGAAGGUGGAGCUGACGUGGAUCACACUGACAACAAUGGCCGAACGCCUCUUCUUGCAGCAGCAUCCAUGGGCCAUGCCUCUGUUGUCAAUACCCUGCUUUUCUGGGGUGCAGCUGUAGACAGCAUCGACAGUGAAGGAAGGACUGUUCUGAGCAUAGCGUCCGCUCAAGGGAAUGUAGAGGUGGUCCGAACUCUGCUGGACAGAGGGCUAGAUGAAAAUCACAGAGAUGACUCAGGCUGGACCCCACUGCACAUGGCCUCAUUUGAGGGUCACCGGCAAGUAUGCGAUGCCCUCAUUGAGCAAGGUGCCCGAUGCACAGAGGUGGAUAACGAUGGUCGAAUACCCCUGAUAUUGUCUGCGCAAGAGGGCCACUAUGACUCUGUCCACAUUCUUCUGGACAACAAGUCUUGCAUCGACCAGAGAGGUUACGAUGGGAGGAAUUCUCUCAGGGCAGCUGCACUGGAAGGCCACAGGGAUAUUGUUGAACUGUUGCUGAGUCAUGGUGCGAAUAUAGAUUAUAAAGACGCAGACGGACGCCCAACAUUAUACAUAUUGGCACUUGAGAAUCAGCUAGCAAUGGCGGAGUACUUCCUGGAAAAUGGGGCAAAUGUGGAAGUCAGCGACACAGAGGGAAGGACAGCCCUCCACGUGUCCUGCUGGCAAGGGCAUGUAGAAAUGGUCAGGAUGCUGAUCAACUAUCAUGCCGACGUGAACUCUUGUGACAACGAGAAGCGAUCGGCCCUCCAGUCAGCAGCUUGGCAAGGCCACGCAAAUGUUGUGCAGUUCUUGAUUGACAAUGGCACUCACGUGGAUAAUACAUGUAAUCAGGGGGCAACAGCGCUUGGCAUUGCUGCCCAAGAGGGGCACAGAGAUGUAGUGCAGAUCCUUCUGGAGCAUGGCGCUGACCCCAACCACGCAGACCAGUUUGGACGCACAGCCAUGCGUGUGGCUGCAAAAGGGGGGCAUUCAAUGAUCAUCAAACUUCUUGAGAAGUAUGGGGCCUCGAGUCUUAAUGGCUGUAGUCCUUCGCCAGUACACACUAUGGAACAGAAAAUCCCACUCUCUGUGUCUGGGAAAAUGCACUCCCUCACAAUAAAAUCCAACAGCUCUGGCAGCACAGGAGCUGGAGAUAUGCAGUUAUCUGGACGUGGUUUACAGAACGGUCCUGUCCACGCCUUCAGCUCCCCUUCGGAAUCUCCUGACUCUACCGUGGACAGACAGAAGUUGUCUCUCUCAAAUAAUUCCCUCAAAAGUUCGAAGAACUCCUCACUGAGAACCACCUCGUCCACAGCGACUGCACAGACUGUGCCCAUAGAUAGUUUCCACGGAAUGACCUUCACAGAGCAAAUCCAGCAACACUCUCUGCCUCGCAGUCGGAGCCGACAAUCCAUCGUCUCACCUUCCUCCACCACCAAGUCCAUUGGACAUCAGCAAGGGUCUCCGAGUGAAUUUGACUGGGCUCAGGUUAAGCCAGGUCUCAAGUCGACCAAAGGGAGCAAGACCGAAAAUACCACAUCCAACAGCAAAGGGGGGUCUGGAGACAAGAAAAGGCUCAAGAGCAUUGGCUCAACCCAGGGUCAGGUGUUAGAAUAUGAGAUGACCCAGUUUGAUAAGAGGAUUGCGCUCAACAAGUCUGUAGCGAGCAUUGCGGUCAAAGAUCCUCAUUGCAAGAUCAUAGUUGGUGGCUCCACCCAGCCAGAAGUGGGACUGACCCAAGAGCAGUUAUUCAUCCAACAGCAGAGCAUUGCAGAGAAGAAGCGAAAUGGCAUUAUGACCAACCCCAACUACCAUCUUCAGGGCAAUCAGGUUUUCCUCGGGAGGGUUUCUGUCCAUAGGACUGUACAGAAUAGAGGGCACCAGGACGUUCUGGAGAACUACCCCAUAGGGGAGACUGAAUUAAGCCUUAAACAAGUCUUGAAACUGCAGAUAGAAGGAUCUGACCCUGGGUUUAACUACAAAAAGGAGACUCCAUUAUAGCUGAUGUCUUGAAUACCAUUCGUCAUGCAGACAUCGGAGGGAAUGUGCCAAAGCAACUAUGUUCAUCCGCAUAAGAACCGAUUGAAUUGUUUUCCACUCUCAAGUGGAACACCUCAGAAAACCUAAGGGAAGAAUGUUGAUCGCUGCACAAGGCUUACAUGAACUGAUACUUCAAUGUGCCUACAUCUGUUACAGUCUUCUCAGUGUAAUCAUGCACACUAUCAUUUAAUUUAAUGUAUUGAUAUUUAUGCAGUGUAUGCACUUUUUAAAAAGAGAAUGACAAACAUGCAUUUGUUCAGUCUCCCGUUUAUGCUCAUGUGGUUCAAACGAAUUGUUCAAAAGGAUCAUAUAUAUAUUUUGUGUGUGUUGUUUUGUCCUGGAGUCAUACACACCAACAGCAAUUUACCACUGAGUUCAUUGUCACAUCUGAUCAGAGGGACAUCAAGAUAAUCGAUGACAUGGGAUAAUGUUGCACGUGUUGAUACUCUGUCUUUCUGAAAACCCCAAAUAAUCGGUGUUUAACUUUGUUCAGUGUGCUAAGCAUAUACUAUAUAUAAAAAGGUAUGUGGACACCCCUUCAAAUUAGUGGAUUCUGCUAUUUCAGACACACCUGUUGCUGAGGGGUAUAAAAUCGAGCACGCAGAAAUGCAAUCUCCAUAGACAAACAUUGUCAGUAGAAUG